UUCUGUGUUACAUAUAACACACUGUACUCACCAAAGUAAUCACUGACAUCGCUAUACGGGUUGGACAUCGUUUGAAACAUAGCUUCGUGGUGCAGAAGAAUUUUUACUUAUUCAAGAGAUGAGGGGGUUUGCCGUCAUAACUGGUGCGCUUUUUUUUCUAAAUCACUUUAUGCCACAUCAAUGUCAAGCACUGGUGUCACUCAGAUUAAAAGGGCCAAGGAGUCAAAAUGUUACUGGCCGCGUUGAAGUAUUCUACAAUGGAGCUUGGGGAACCAUAUGCGAUGAUGCAUGGGAUUCUAUGGAUGCAAGGGUUGUAUGUCGUCAACUUGGCUAUCCAGGUGGUAGGGCCUUUCAAGGCAACCAGGUUCCGUCUGGUUCUGGACGGAUAUGGCUGGAUGAAGUUGCUUGUACAGGAACAGAACGGAAUAUAGAAAAUUGCUCUCAUCAUGGCUGGGGCCUUCAUGAUUGCAGUCAUUCCGAAGAUGCUGGAGUUGAAUGUAAUACUACAGCUAUAACUGUGUCACUCAGGGUACAAAGAGCAUCAGGUGCAAGUCUUAUUGGUCGUGUUGAGGUUUUCUAUUACGGAGCUUGGGGAACUAUCUGUGGCGAUGGAUGGGAUACGACAGAUGCUAGGGUUGUAUGUCGUCAACUUGGUUAUCGAGAUGGUAGGGCCCUUCAUGGAAGCCAGAUUCAAUCUGGUUCAGGACAGAUAUGGUUAGAUGACGUCAAUUGUACUGGAGCAGAAGGAAGUAUUGCAAGAUGUUCUCAUAGAGGAUGGGGUGUUCAUGAUUGCUCACAUAAUAGCGACGCCGGAGUUGAAUGUAGUACAAAAGCUUUAACCAAGAUACUCAGGUUACAAGGACCAUUAAGUAAAGAUGGUAUUGGACGUGUUGAAGUGUUUCACAAUGGAAUUUGGGGAACAAUUUGUGAUGAUUACUGGGAUAUUAAAGAUGCUAGGGUUGUAUGUCGACAACUUGGUUAUCCAGAUGCUUUAAACUACUUUCAACAAGGGAGCUCGAGCCAUGUUCUUCCUGGUUCUGGACAGAUAUGGUUGGAUGAUGUUAGUUGUACUGGAAAAGAAAAAGAAAUAGCAAGUUGUUCUCAUCGUGGUUGGGGUGUUCAUGAUUGCGCACAUUCCGAAGAUGCCGGAGUGGAGUGCAAAGCAACAGAUUUUACAGUCGCGCCUGUGUCGCUCAGGUUACAAGGACCAUUGAGUGGAAAGGGUGCCGGUCGUGUUGAAGUAUUUUACAAUAAACAGUGGGGAACAAUCUGUGAUUAUUCAUGGGGAUUCAGAGAUGCUAGGGUUGUAUGUCGUCAGCUUGGUUAUCCAGAUGUUGUUAGGAAUCUUCGAGCGACCGAGUUUUUAUCUGGUUUUGGACAGAUAUGGUUAUCUUCCGUUUCUUGUACUGGAAAGGAGCAAAAUGUGACGAGUUGUUCCCGAGAUCCUUGGGGAUUUCAUUCUUGCUCUCAUUCUAAUGAUGUUGGAGUAGAAUGUUCCACAACAGUAAUUACAGUGUCACUUAGAUUACGAGGGCCUUCAACUGGAAAUGGUACAGGUCGUAUUGAGGUAUUCUACAAUGGAAUUUGGGGAACCAUCUGUGAUGACCGCUGGGAUAUCAGGGAUGCUCGGGUUGUUUGUCGUCAACUUGGUCAUCCGGAUGCCGCCAGAACCCUUCAAGUGCCCAUGGUUCAUCCUGGUUCUGGACAGAUAUGGUUAGAUGACGUCGAAUGCACCGGAACAGAACAGACUAUAGUAAGUUGUAAUCAUGGAGGUUGGGGUAUUCAUAAUUGCGGACAUUCGGAAGAUGCUGGAGUUGAAUGCAUUUUGGCAGAGAAACCCAAUGUAACAGUAAAUUGCUCCAGUUUGAUGAUUGUAAAUCUUGGGGAUGACGUCACGUGUCUAUGUGAAGGAAAAGGUGGUAGACCUGCGGCUAAUGUGACAUGGUAUAAAGAUGGUGUCCAGAUUGGUUACAACAAAAAGGAACGGAACGUGUUGACUUUCAGUAAUUUCGAUGAAACAGAUAAUGGGAUAUACAAAUGUGUAGGCAAAAACUUUACUGUCACGAAUGAAAAGUUUGUUCAGCUGAUUUUGAACGAAAAACCGAAUGUAAAAGUCAAUUGUUCCAGUUUAAUCACAGUACAUCUUGGUGAUGAUAUAACAUGCCUAUGUGAGGGAAAACAUGGAAAACCUCCGGCCGAUGUAACGUGGUAUAAAGAUGGCGUCCAAAUUGGUGACAUGAAGAAAGAGGAAACUUUAUUGCUCCUCAGUAAUGUAAAUGAAGCAGAUGGAGGAACAUACAAAUGUGUUGGUAAAAGCUACACUCUCGCUGAUGAAAAGUCAGUUGACCUCAUUUUUCACGAGAAACCAAAUGUAACAGUCAAUUGUUCGAAUACGAUCACGGUAAACAUUGGUGAUGACGUAAGGUGUCUUUGUGAGGGGAAAGGUGGAUACCCGCCAGCUAAUGUGACAUGGUAUAAAAAGGAUGUCCAGAUUAGUGACACAAAAAAGGAAGGAAAUGUUCUGGCACUCAGUAAUGUUGAUAGAACUGAUAAUGGCACGUACGUAUGUGUAGGGCAAAGUAACGGUUUCAAAGAUAAAACCACAAUUGAAGUAAUUUGUCUCGAAAAACCAAAUAUAGCAAUCAAUUGCUCGAGUGCAAUAACAGUAAUUGUGGGUGACGACGUAACAUGUCUUUGUGAGGGAAAAAACGGAUACCCACCAGCUGAUGUGACUUGGUAUAAAAACAACGUCCAGAUUGGUGACACAAAGAAGGAAAAAAAUGUUCUGGCUUUGCGUAAUGUUGACAGAACUGAUAGGGGAACAUACGUAUGCGAGUUGAAAAGCUUCACUUUCAGCACUAAGAACUCAAUUCAAGUCAUUUUUUAUGAAAACUUAUACUCCAAAGAGGGUGAUAAUAAGACUGAAUUGUAUAUGUUUUUCAUUAUGUUUGUGGCUGGAAUUCUUGUUGGAAUCUUUGUUGUAUGUGCUGUGCUUUAUUUCCGACGGCGAUGGCUAAGAAAAGGGUCGGCGGAACCAGGUCCAGAUGUUCAAGAUCCAAAUCAAGAUCCAAAUCAAGAUCCACUGUACGAAGUUGUUGAUCUCAAAAAUGUGGCGCAGAAUUAUUAUGGGUCAGCAAGUAGUGCAACAAACGAUGGUUACUCAAAUUAUGCUGACCUAAGUAAAGCGAGAGACAGAGAAAACACGUAUGAAUCUUAUAAUACCAAGACGCUGUAGUGUGAGUACAGUCCC